AUGCCCCUCAAUAAAGUACCCCCCGAACUUGUCCCCGUCCCUCCGACAGCGCACUCGCCCAACUCUGAUCUCCCAGUCAUCGCGUUCCGAGGGGCGUUGAUUGACCGGACGUUCGAUGGUGCCGUUGCCUCUGUGUAUACGAGCGAAUGGCCGCGGGGAGGACACUGGAAAAUCUCCGGUGAACAGCUCGCCGCUACGCCCCACUACCACGCCACCACGCACGAGGCGUACACCGUCCUGAAAGGCAGCGGAACUUAUCUCCUGGGCAAGUCCCCGUUGGACCCGGACACUGACGCACAGGGUAAUCCAGUCGGGGUCAAAUUUGUUGCUCGUGCGGGGGACGUUUUUAUUUUUCCGGCUGGGGUUACGCACUUUGUAACGGACACGGAGGAUGAUUACGAAAUUAUCGGCUAUUACUUGCUGAACGAACGGAAUUCUCUUGAGGAACUGUACGACAUGGAGUAUGCAUUGGAUUCAGUAGAGGAGACGGACAGGAUGCGCGAAAAGUGCAGACAAGUGCCAUUGCCUGUCCACGAUCCCAUAUAUGGCAAGGAGGGGCCGCUUCUGAGUGUCUGGAAGAGAGAUGGUUAG